CACUUUCAUACCUUAGUAAUUUAUUUCUCUUUUCACAAUUCAUAAUCUCACUUAUUUUUAAUGGGAAGAUAAAAAAGUUAAGGAGGUAGUAGUUACUAAUAUGCAAGUUUAGGUCACAUGGUUAAAAGAUAUCUUUGGCAUGGUACAACAAACAUAAACGGACAAACAUUUAACCAGAGAUAGGAUGCGACCCUCCACCCACUUCAUUCCACUACUUGUCUAAUUGCUAUUUAUGGUAUGCUUUAACAGACAAAAAGCUAAUACACGUACUGAAAACAAAAAUAAAAGUUUAUAUGCAAGUAUACAACUAAUAAAGGCCGGAUGGAUGAUGCACAUGAAAAGGGGCCAUCCCAAUUGCUCAUCACUUUAUAUAUAGAUCGUGUUCAUCACUUGUUUUUCACUUACCAAUAAUCUACAUACUUUCAAGCGCUGAAGCAGUUAGGAUACAAAUUGAGUUGAGUCAUGGUAGAGGUUCUUUUGGAUAAAUGUGUUUACAUUAAAGUUUUACUCCCUCCGUCCCUAAAUAAACAUCUCAUUUCCUUAUUUGAUAAACAAAACAGUGUAAAACAGUGUCAAACAGUAUCCAAACAGUGACAUUUUCUAAAAUUGUGUGAAAGUCAAACGAGACCCUUUAAAUUGGGACGGAGGGAGUACACAUUAUGAUUUUAAAAGGUUUUUUAAAAUUUAGGAUAGAUAAAGUUGUAGCAUGAUCGAUAAAAGUUAUAAGUACUUAUAUUUUUAUAUUUUUGCAUAAGCGAUAAUAAGCAUAUGUUGGAUAAAAGAAGAUGAAUUAUAAAAACAUCUUGAGAGGCCUCACAAGUUAAAAGACGUCAGACUCCGCGAGGAUGGUAGUGCAUGAAACGGUGGAAAUAUGAAGUUAAGAGAUGGAGGGUUUUCAAAUUUGUUUCAUGACUUAUUAAUAGCUUGCUUGUGUUGAUUCAUGGGUACUUCAUUUUUGUUCAAUUUAUUGUGUCGUGUGUAGCUUUAAUGUGUGUUACUUUUGUAUUUUCACAUUUAGUUUUGUUUACUGUGGUGACUCGUAAAUUUGGUGUGUUUGGUUCCAAGGUAUUCAUAAGGUUAUGAGUAUAAAUAAAGACCAUUAAAAUCAAAACAAGCUUUGGUUGUGAUGUUUCAACGCUAAUCAUAGAGCUUCUACUUGGUGGUGUAGGGUUACCUAGGGUUAUUUGUGUGACUUACCCUUAAGUAAAUGUACUUGGAUUUGGUUGUUAUGAGUACUUUGAUUUGUAUGGAUAUGUUUGGUAAAUGGCUUAUAAACCAUAUUUGGGGUAGUUUAACUAAAUUUAGUUGCUUUGACUAGUUGACUAGCUAAAUAAUAUGUUUUGUGAAUAAUUUUUUAAUCAACUUCUUCAUCUUAAGAAGCCAAGAAAGGCUGGUUGGAAUUAAUAAAUAAUAUUCCUCCACUCCUAAAUUAAAGUCACACUUUCCUUAAAUGAAUGUCCCAAAAUAAAAGUCACACUUCUCAUUUUGGUUUAUUUCAACAUUUAAUUUACCAUCCCACUCCUUUCAUGUUAAUUAUCCUAUCUCAUUCAUCUCCCCAACCAACUGCCCCAUUUAUUUUACUUGUUGAUAUUCUCAACCACAUACUCUCAUCUCAUUCAUUAUUUUCUCCACCAGCAUACUCCCUUCAUCCUUCUCUCUGUCGUGUACUACCACUUCGUUGCUACUCAUCCACCGUGUCUCCUCUAUAUACCCAUUUUCCCCUGUCUCUCAGUUGUUUCCCACCACUCCACUGCUACCCAUCUACCCCUUCUCUUCCAACGCAACCUCAUUCUCUACCAAGUCGUGGUUGAACCCUAAUCUCUGUAAGCAGUGACACCCCCUCCUUUAACUUUACACGUGCAAUCGGAAAGUGUUUUAGAUGGAGGGAAGCUCACACCGGUCUUAGAUCUCAAAUUGGAAAAUGGUCGGCCUAUAGAUCCAUUGCAUGCAACACCAGCGAGGUCGUUUUCUAUAGAAUUCUUCAUUUUGGUGACUCAAGUGAGUCUGAGACAUAUCCGAAUUGGACAAUACGAAAGAAAUAUGGGGACAACUAGUGUCCGACACAUACGGCGGGUUGGAAGAUGGAGAGGAGGUGUCUAGAUGAAGAUGGCAACCUGACAUGUUCAGAGGAUGGUUCAGACGAAGGGGGGAGGAGCCACAGUGCGACUUCAAAGGGAAGUAGCUUGUACUCCCUAUUUCUGUGUACUUUGAAAAUGUUUAUGGUGAAUUACAUGUUUGUUGUUUCAUUGUUAGUACCAUGUGUUUAUGUGGAUUGAGGUUUAGUGUUUACUAGGAAAGUAAUGAUGUUAGGGGGCUUGAGUUCAUGUUUACUGAAUUUGUUGUCUAUUUAACAUAUUGUUUUGCACUAAUGCCGCCAAAUUGAAAAAUUGAAGGAGGCUCUAUUUAAUUGCUAUUCACUAUUGUUUGAAACCCAAUUAAGAGUUUACAUUUGUAAAUGUGUUCAUUGAAACUGAAAUACUACAUGGCAUUAGAACUUUUCAUUUGAGCUUACAAAACAUUGUACACAUAGUACAUGGCAAUACAUUAAUACUUGUACUUCCAUACCAAUGUACAUACA